UCUACAUACAUGUACAUGUACACAUUUUGUUUAGCUGCUCGCAUACAUGUACAUGUAUGACGUCACAAUCCAAAAAUUGAAAUUCUAAUAACUAUUUUAAAAAUUCUUUCAGGGAUUUUCCUAAAUUCUGAUUAUUUUUUCUCCUAUUUUUACAAUAAAUUUUUUGUCAGGGAAACUCCUUUAAUCCAUAAAAUGUGUCCACUCUACUGCAGGGGAUAAUUUUCCUGUUAUAGCAUCACAAUCCCCUCCACAUUUUUUAAAGAGAGUUGCACAAAAUUUCCUUUGUGUAGCAUUUUUUGUACAAAACAUUGUUGAAAUAAUUUCUCCUACAACCAGAAAUGCUAAUCAAAUGUGAGAAGUAAAAUUAAUCCCCGCACUGUUUUUGUAUAUUGACUUCUCAUGAUCUCAUUCUAAAAUUAGUCUUUUAAAUGUUCUUUUUCUUCUCUUCAGGGGUUGGGAAGAGGAGGGUCGUACGACAACCCAACAGGCGUCUCCAUGAACGAGAUCUGCAAUCCCUUACAGAAAGGAUCAGUGGCAAGGAGGCCGAACUGAAAUCUUUGGGUCGACCCAACAAUGAAAGUUCACCGGCUGAAACGGCAGAAAGGGAACUCCUCUUGAAAGAUCAGAAGAGCAUCAGGGACUCGAAAGAAGCCAACAUUGCCAAACGCAAAGAGUUUGAUGAAGAUAUUCGUAAACUCAGUGAUGACAUCUCAAAGAAGAGCGACGUACUUUCCAAGAUCAAAGCCAAUCUGCCUCACAAGACCAUCCAGGCUAUUGACGAUAACAUUAGAAGGUUGGAGUACCAGUAUGAAAACCACAACUUCAGGCUCCGCCGCGACGAGGACAGGCUCAUUGCCGAGAUCUUAAAACUCAAGCGGUCAAAGAAAGAAGUCCACGAAUACCAGACGAAAAGGACUGAAAUCGAGUCGUGUAUUCGGAGGAAGGAGGAGAUGAAGAAACAAAGAAAUAUUUAUUUUAAGAAAGUUUCGGAGCUGAAAUCUAAAGAAGACGAGAUCCGUCAGAAGCUCUUCAGGUUAAAGAGUAAGACAGACGAGGCCUGGAAUCGAUACAGAGAAGCUGGACCACAGAGAGAAAGAAUUAAAAAAGAAAUUGACAGUUUGUAUGACGAGCGGCGACAGCUCAAUGCCGACUUCCAGCUGCAGAUGCGCGAUUACAAGGAAUACAACGAGUGGCAAAAGUUGGAGAACGAGAGACGGAAAGAAGAGGAGAAAAGGGCUCAGGAGGCCACGUACAAAAGAGAAUGGUUUGAGUAUGAGACAUCGAGAGAGCCUUUUCAAGAAGAGCGUGCCCAGAUUGAAUGUUUGACGACCUAUCUCCAUAGACUGCUGCCCAAAGGGGGUAGCCCCCUCAGCGGGGCCAGCCCAUCUUCUUCAGUGAGUUCCCUUGGCCGGAGUCCAUCAUUCAAAGACGAGGAGGGGUCAUACACCAUUCUGAGGAAGAAAGGCGAUGAGGACGAUGAGGUGUUCGAAAAAGCUGCCAAUUCGAAGAAAAAGAAGAGUAGGAGAAAGUCAUGGCUGAACAAGCCUCUCCGUCACAGCCGAGAGAUCUUCAAUCAGUUUACGUCCAUGGGUAUUCCUGCUCCGUCUACUGCUAACGAGAUCCAGGAUUGUCUGGAUAAACUCCAGGAAAAAAUGCAAUAUUACGAGGACGCUGCCACCAGUGUAAAGCUGGCCCACAGUGCAAUACCCCAGGAUAUCAGUGCAUCGUCCUCAUUCUCUUCGGGAAUCGUCACGGCAACCGAUGUUGAGGAUAUCUAUGACUUCCCAGAGGAUGCGCCUUUUGACAUCGUGCCAAGCAGUAGCUUGGAGGAGACUGGUGAGCUUGAAAAUGCUGCAAGUGCAAAAGGAAAGACACUUGAUGAAGAGGAUGGGUCCGAAGUGACAGAGGACAAACGGUUCCAGGAUGUGCCAAGUAUACGAGAGCCCUCCGUUGAUGACGGGAGUGACGUGUCUUUAGCUAAGUUAAGCCUGGGAACAUCCAAGGUUGCAGAUGAGAAGGAGAGUGUUAAACCACAUGUUGAGGGCGCUGGUCAGAGCGAUGAAAGCGGCAGCUGCGCGAGUGACGAUGGAAAGGAAGCGGGAGAUGUUACGGAUGACAGCGAGAGCACCGUUGUGGCCAACGAAGGCGAGGGUGGACAGAGUUCACCGAGUGAUGGCAGUCCUGCUGCAAGCAAAGAAGAAGUGCCAAUCACCAGUGGGGAUGCAGAGGCAACAGAUGCUGUUGCUUGCGACACGAACCCUAUCAGAGAAAGCCAGACUGAAUGUGUUUCAGAAGGAAGCUUUAUAGGAGAUGAUGGAUUGGAUAAAGAUCGGGAAGAUAGUGGGAUGGGCGACGUUCAAGAAGGAGAGACCACCAAGAAGGCAGGUAUCGUGGAGAGAAAGAACGAGAACCUGAAGUUGAUUGUUACGAAAAAGAGCGAUAGAGAUCUUGAGACCAAAGCCGAUCUUCUGACCUCCCAAAUGGAAUAUAGCAGUGACUAUGCCUCAAAUUCCACAGGUAGUGCCGUUUCCACGCCAACGGACGUUCUCCUCAAACGGGAACCGUUACUGGACACCAGCUCAUUAUGCAAAGACGCGAGCGAGGCAGAAAUGUCCGGGUUCGAUUUAGGUUGCAUAGAAGGAGAAAGCGAAAGCAUGCUGAAUGUCAAUAACAACAGUUCAACUCUGACCUCCCAGCAUGCUUUGCAAAGGUCGCACCUUGGUUCAUUUGGUCAGGAACAUAUCCCAGGUGAAGAUGUCUUUCAGUCCGUCGUCGAUCCUCCCAGUUUUCCUGUACGGAGAGAAGAAUUAUGAUGAUUGUUGCCAGAAGUUGUUACGUUCUUGUUAUGUAUAUUUCAUCUUUUAAGCACUUGUGGAAUGUGUGUUGUCCUCAUAAUGACAUCUGUCAAUUUCAUUAUAGACAGUUAGGCAUUUUCAAAUUGUUCACAUAUAUGUAUAUUUUACUUUCAUUUAAUGAAAGCAUUUUUCCCACUUUGUACAAUUGUCUAUUUUGUAUCUCUGAACCACAAUACUAUAUCUUGCACAACAUAGUGAAUAUAUAGUGACUACACACAUUUUUAAAAUCUAUUCUUAACUUGAGAAGAUAUUCAGGGCAUAUAUAUAGUGAUUACUAGACUUAAGUAUGUUGCCAUGUGAAUGCAAGAAUGCCUACAGUAGAAUGUUUUUGCGAAUCAAACACUUAUGCAAUUUGCAAAUGAUUGGAGCUUGAAGUGUCCUGGCACUGAUGCAAUGAUACAUGCGUUGCUCUCAGCCAUCAAAUGUUUUUAUAUCAGUAUGGAAUUGAUCCAAUGCAAUUUUGGAAUGUGCCGAUUUUGGUAGUCCACAGUUCUGUUUGAAGCUUGCCCUGUGCGAACAUUGCUCUUAUGUUUAGAUCUGUAGAUGUGUUAUAAACUUGGCGUUUUCAGCUUUAAUGAUAAGUAUAAACGUAUUUUCUAUUUUGUCAAUUCUAAUUAAUCCUAUUAUUUGCUGUCAUGAAAAGAAUUGGAUCUGAAUUGACACAUUGAAUUUAUGUGCACUGCUGCAUCGCAUAUAGCAUGAUACAGUUUGCAUGUAAGUGCUCAUAAAAUUCUAUUAAAAUUUAUUUCUGAUCUCCAGGAGUUCAAAGUUAUACUCCCGCAAUUUAUCAUGAUAUUCUCCUAUAUGUAAUAUUUGUUUUUUCAUACAUUUUAAUUGUUUAUCCCCCAUAUUUUGUAUAUUUUCAUUGUUUCCAGAAGUAUCAUUGAAUGAAAGACUUUGGAUAAUGUUGAGAGAAUCCUGACAUUCAAGCUAAACAUUUGUUGUUUGUUAAAGUUUAAUGGUGAUAUAUGAGUUGCAAGAUUUGGAGUAUGGAAGUUAUGUGCCCUUAGUUUUAGCUCCAGUCUGACUUUAAUCAUGGUAUGAGCAGUUAGGAAAAAAAAAAGGAAAAAAAGAAGAAGUUUUUUGUUGUUAAUGUUCCUUGUUAUUACACGAGCCGGUAUUCAAUGCAAACUAUUGAUUGGCUGAGUAAAUUGCUUGCCAUUUUACUUGGCUAAGCAAAAUGCGUAUACUUGUGUACUGUUCACUUCUGAAGAUUUACAGCCAAACUCCAAUUCAGAGUUUGAAUAUUUUUGGAAAAAUUUACUAUGCAGUUAUCCGCUGAUCUUCAUUUGCGAUUGUAUGAUAGCUUCAAUUCUCAAUUCAAUUUGGCGUUAAUUUGCGAAUGAGAUGAAAACGAGAGAGAAUCCCCCCUCCCCUAUGCAAUUCAAAAUAGCCCAGGCUAUAUAUACGUACAUGUACAAGCAAAUGGUAUUGAAUUUUCCAAGGAAUAAGAAUAAUGUGGUUCGUAACCGUAUGUUUAGCAGCUUCAAAUUUGCUGCUCUGUUGAGAAGGGUGAUAGCAAGGAACAUAGCCUUUGUGUGAUAUUGAAGGUCAAGUCCACUCCAGAAAAAUGUUGAUUUGAAUAUUUAGAGGAAAAUCAAACAAGCAUAACGCUGAAAAUUUCAUCAAAAUCAGAUGUAAAAUAAGAAAGUUAUGGCAUUUCAAAGUUUCGCUUAUUUUUCACGAAACAGAGAUAUGCACAACUCGGUGACAUGAAAAAGAGUCAGUCGAUGAUGUCCAUCACUCACUAUUUCUUUUGUUUUCUAUUGUUUGAAUUAUACAAUAUUUCAAUUUUUAAAGAUUUGACAAUAA